AUGUUGGCCAAGAGACUAACCUCCUUCCUUAAACUGUCCCCUAAACCUAAAAUUUCCAGUGCCGUGAAGGAUGCGGAUGAAAAACAGGGUAAAUAUUUCGCACGUAAGGCAGUGUCGUUUGUUUUGAUUACUAUUACUGGUGGUGUUGCUCUGAGUGCUCUUGAUGACCUUUCUAUCUAUCAUGGUUGUAGCAGCAAGGCCAUGGAGGAUGCAAGCAAGAACCAGGCAAUAAUAGAUGCCAUUGGAGAACCAAUUAUUAAAGGUUCAUGGUACAAUGCAUCUCUUGCAGUGGCUCACAAGAGGCAAUCCGUAUCUUGCUCAUUUCCCGUUUCUGGACCCCUAGGCUCAGGGGUCUUACAGCUGAAGGCAGUCCGCAAUGGAGAUGACUCUUGGUCUUCUUUUUUCCUUCCUCGUGAUUGGGAAAUUUUAAUGAUGGACGCGCUCCUCCACGUACCUGGGAACGAGGAGAAGCAUCAGACAUUACGGAUUAAUCUCUCACCCAAGUUGUCUCCUUCUAUUGCUUGCACCGACUGCGUAGCUUGUCCAUCCGAUAGAUCAGAGGCAAAGUUGAGUUCCAAUUAA